UUCUUAUCAGCGAUAUCAAUGACCAGAGUGGAUAAACGAAAAGCUGUCAGUUAGUGAUCACAAUGAUUAUCGAAAGAAUAUCUUCUCCAAAAAUCAUGAUUGUAAGGAAACAAUUGCAACUACUGAUUUACACGUUUCAAAUUAUCUGUAUACUUGGAAACAUAAGUUUAAUUAAUUCAGAAGGAAAUGGAACGACAGAAAUUUUAUCGUUAAAUCGCUUAAAAUAUUCGACGUCUUCUAAAGUAAACAAUACGUAUUUGGAAAUAUCUAGAAAUGCUGAGAAUUUUUCUGAUAAAAUAUGUGAUCAAACCGAGCCCCUGUUGCAUGAUGGCACUUUCAACAUACCACAAUAUGAUUCUAGUACGCUGAACAGUAAUGAAAAUUCGGCGGAAAGUUUUGAAACUGAAUUACUUCUGUGUAAUACGACAGAUCAUAAAAAGGUACAGAAUCUGACGGUUGAUUAUGUGAGUACUGAAUGGGUAUAUCUAUCCUGGCAACCUCCCUGUGAAAAUGCACUGAACGAAUCAUUCACGUAUUUAAUUUACGUGUGCUUGAAUGAAACAUGCGUUAAAGCAAACGCAAGUACUACACAAUACAACGCCACUAAUUUAGAUCCAUGUAGUGAAUACUUAUUUACCGUAAUAGUUGUCGAUAAACAUCCGGAACCGGUUGGAGUUAGUGCAGAAGCAAAAACGGAUUACAACAUUACAGAAAUUGGAGAAAUUCAAGGUAUGGUGGUACAUACCACUACUAAUACAAUUAAUUUAAGUUGGAAAGAGCCAUCAAAAUAUCCAACAUGUGUACAGGGUUAUAUGAUUACAAAAUGUUCUGAUGAUGUCUGCAAUAAUAUAACAGUUACAAAUACAUACUAUUUGGCAAAAAAUUUGGAACCGUGUACAGAGUAUUUUUUUAUAAUUAAAGCUGUUUCAUAUUUAGUUCAAUCUAGUGGCCACAAUAUUACUUUAAAAACAAAUUCACCAAAACCCAGUAGACCUCAAGAGCCAACUGUAAAAGUCAGUGCAUUUUCUUUAAAUAUUGUGUGGCAACCACCAAAAGUGGGAUCAAUGUGUGUUGCACACUAUCGUGUAACUAUUACCCCAGAACUAAAAACAAUUAUCAUAACUGGAACAAAUGUAACAGUAGAUGGUUUACAUGCAUGUACUUCUUAUGAUGUUUAUAUUACUGCAGUAGAUGAAGACAAUAAUGAUGGAGAUAUGCUUUCCAUAAAUGCAAGUACAGCAUCAACAGUAUCGAGACCACCAAUAUUAACAGAAUUUUACGUUACAAUGAAUAGUAUAAUGCUUUCUUGGAAAAUUGAAAAAGGUAAUAGUAGCUGUAUUCUAAAUUCUCUGAAAGCCACAUGUAACUAUACAGCAAGUGCUGGACAUGGUUAUGAUCAUGUAAAUGGAAACGUUGAAGAACCUAUAAAUUCUUGUAUUCAGGAUGAAUUUAUGCUUAUAAAUUCAGUGAUGAAAGAUGUUAGUCCAUUUACAACAUAUAUAUGUUGGGCAUAUGUCAAUAAUGAAGCAGGUGUUAGUGAAUUAAGCGAAUUAACAAAAGUAGAUACAGAAGAAGAUAUACCAUCUGCACCUAUAAUGAAUAUUAGAAAUAUAACAUAUUCACAGUUUACACUUGCAUGGGAACCACCAACGUAUCUAGCAGGAAAUUUACAAGAAUUUGAAAUUAUAAUGAAAUGGGAAAUACAUUUUCCAACACCUGAUUGGUGCCCUCUAAAACCCUCAAACGAUACCAUAUAUUUAAACGGAUCUACGUUUAUUUAUGAUUAUCCUAAAGCGAUACCGCACACAAAUUAUACAUUAAAAAUUAGAGCAAAAACAAAAGCGGGUUGGGGAAAUUAUGGUGAUGAUAUAGUAUUUCAAACACCAGCUGGAGUGUCAGGAAUGGUAUCUAAUUUUUCUUACUUGAUUAAAAACAAUGAAAACAAUAAAAAUACAUUGGAUACUAUUUUAAAAUGGGGCUUUCCAUGUUCUUUGAAUGGAAUAAUGGAAUACUUUAAUAUAUUUGUACAUGGAACUAGAAGAAAUUAUACACCACAUUCUUUUACGAUUAAAAAACUUGUUGAAAAUAAUAUUAAUAAAAAUGAUAUAAUUUCAAUUAAUUUAAAUGAAUUGAAAGCAGAGUAUAAUUAUACUUUCGAAAUAUCUGUUAAAGUUAAAGAAGUUAAGAAGCUUGGUGUACCUGCAAAACACAAUGUGUUAUAUCCUGCUGGAAUUCCAUCUCAACCUGAUGAGGACUAUAUAAAAUCUAUAACUUUAGAUCCAUCUAAAGCCCAAAGAACUACUACAUCAGCUACACUUUUACUUCCCUUAUUUCCUGAUACAAAUGGCGACAUUAUUUAUUAUUCUAUCAUAGUAUCGCGAAUUGAAUAUAAUACUGCAUCCAAUACUAGAUUUAAUUUUACAAAUCAUACAUGGCCAAAUAUAUCAUCCUGGGAAGAAUCUAUGUUACAAGACUUUAGUAUACCUUAUCAAACUACAAGAUUGUGGUGGGAUCCCUAUCCUAAUCAUGUUGCUGAUUAUGGUGAAGUAAAGGCAGUUAAAUAUACUGUUGGUGAAGAACUGAAUUGUCAAGAAUUUUCUUCCAAUACAAAUAAAAAAGUUUAUUGUAAUGGACCUCUUAAAUCAAAUACAUGGUAUCAUGUUAGAAUGAGAGCGUUUACUCGUGGUGGAUAUGCUGAUUCAACAACCUUUGUGAUAAAAACUAAUGCUGAUGUAAAUAUUGGACUUGUUAUUGGAGUAAUCUUUGGUAUUUUAUUUUUCGGAGUUUUAACAACAAUGAUGUUAUUAGUACGCAAAUGUUCACCUCAAGUAAUAAUAUGGCGAUUUCUACAUUCUGAUAUGUCUGGAUCACCAGUUCCUACACCAUUUACAAAGAAAAAGUUCAUAGCUCACUGUCAACAACUCAUUGAGAACCCUGGAAAAUUAAGCAAUGAAUUUCAAUUGCUUCAAACUCUGAGUGUUGAUUUACAAAUGCCAGCUAAUACUGCCUGUUUACAAGCUAAUAGAAAGAAAAAUAGAUAUUCUGAUAUCCUUCCAUAUGACUUUUCCAGAGUAAAAUUGGAAGUCAUUGAUAAUGAUCCUAAUACUGAUUAUAUUAAUGCAUCCUUUAUUAAAGGAUACAGUGGAGAAGAUGAAUACAUAGCUUGUCAAGGUCCAAAAGAGGAAACUACAUUUGACUUUUGGAGAAUGAUAGAACAAUAUGAUGUUAAUAUAAUAGUUAUGUUGACUGAUUUAAUUGAAAAUGGCAAAGAGAAAUGUUAUCAAUAUUUUCCAAUAAUUAAAGAAACUUUUAGGUAUGAAAAUAUGACUAUAAGAUGUACAAGUGAGCUGGAAUAUAGGUCUUACACACAAAGAACAUUAGUUCUGCAAAAGGAAAACAAAAAGAGAAAUAUAACACAUUUACAUUUUAAAGAAUGGCCAGAUCAUGAUAUUCCAGAAGGUUUUGAUUCAAUGAUUAAUUUUUGUCAAAUUGUUCGUCGUUAUAUACUGGCAAACAAAGGAUAUCUUGUGGUUCACUGCAGUGCAGGAAUUGGCAGAACUGGUACUUUAAUUGCAUUAGAUAUACUUUUACAGCAUCUCCGAGAUAACAGAAAAUUGGAUGUAUUUGGAACAGUGUAUAGAUUACGGCAUCAUAGAAUAAAUAUGGUUCAGAAAGAAAGCCAAUAUGCAUAUAUAUACAACUUUAUAAAACAGGUACUAAAAAAUCCAUACUGUUUAAAAACUUAUAAACCUCCACCUAUGAAUCCUUCAUAUAAAAACAGUUCCAAAAGAAAUAAACAUGGUACCACGUUCAAAUAUAGAUCUGGUCAAGAACUUUGAAAUAUAUAUGUAUGAAUUUAAGUAGCAAUUCAUACAUAAUUAUAAAUAUGUAGAUAGUACU